UCGCGCGAGAGCGGCGCUCGGCACUUAGUGCGCAGGUGCGAAGGAGCUGGCUGGGGCCCGGGCCAGGGGAGGGCUUGAAGACGCGUCGUUUGGAUUUGGAGACUGUGGCAAAGCUAUCUGGGUUCGACCUCUGGGCGAAAAGCGUUUGUCAGGGGCCCAUCCUAGAACGAAGCCUGAGAGAUUCCCGAUGGUGUCCAUGACUUUCAAGCGGAGCCGCAGUGACCGGUUCUACAGCACCCGUUGCUGCGGUUGUUGCCAUGUCCGCACCGGGACGAUCAUCCUGGGGACCUGGUAUAUGGUGGUAAACCUAUUGAUGGCAAUUUUGCUGACUGUGGAAGUAACUCAUCCAAACUCAAUGCCAGCUGUCAACAUUCAGUAUGAAGUCAUUGGCAAUUACUAUUCAUCUGAGAGAAUGGCUGAUAAUGCCUGUGUUCUUUUUGCUGUCUCUGUUCUUAUGUUUAUCAUCAGUUCAAUGCUGGUAUAUGGAGCAAUUUCUUAUCAAGUGGGUUGGCUGAUUCCAUUCUUCUGCUACCGGCUUUUUGACUUCGUGCUCAGUUGUCUGGUUGCUAUCAGUUCUCUCACUUACUUGCCAAGAAUCAAAGAGUAUCUGGAUCAAUUACCUGAUUUUCCCUACAAAGAUGACCUCUUGGCAUUGGACUCCAGCUGCCUCCUCUUCAUUGUUCUUGUGUUCUUUGCCUUAUUCAUCAUUUUUAAGGCAUAUCUAAUCAACUGUGUUUGGAACUGCUAUAAAUACAUCAACAACAGGAACAUGCCGGAGAUUGCUGUGUACCCUGCCUUCGAAGCACCUCCACAGUAUGUUUUGCCAACCUAUGAAAUGGCAGUGAAGAUGCCUGAGAAAGAGCCACCGCCUCCUUACAUACCUGCCUGAAGAAGUUCUGCCUUUGUCAAUAAAGCCUAUACCAGCUUUUCGUCUUGUUUAUUUUACAGAAUGCUGCAAUACAGGGCUCUUCAAACUUGUUUGAUAUAAAAUACACUUUCCUUUGUUUAAGCAUUUAUUUUCAAACACUAACAAGCUUUUUUGACAUCUAUUCAAAGUCGGUUUUAUUUUGUUUUUUUUUUUAUCGUUACGUCUAUUACAUUUUAAUAGUGUUUUUGAAGACAAUCUAGGUUAAGCAAGAGCAAAGUGCCAUUGUUUGCCUUGAAAGGGGGGAGGGAUGGGGGUGUUCUCUACACAUUUUCUUUUGUAACUUUGCACUUUCUUUAUAUAAUAGUUUGCAUUUUGGUUAUUUGCUGCCCUGGAUACUUUCAGGAAGAAUGACUAAAAUAUUCAGGGUGAGUAAGUUGGGUAUAAGAUCUGAAGUUUUCGGCUAUGAAAACAGGAAAAAUCUAUACCAUUUUAACUUGACUGUGGAAGAUGACGGUUGCACGUUUCUAAUUUGUAUGUGUUUCCAUCUUUGUGAUAAGAUGCUUUAAUAAAUCUCUUAAAUAUU